CUCCAGUGACAAUGCUACGCCUAACGCGUCAAUUCACGAGAUCUCUCUUCCGGAAGUCGCCUUCUCCAGCUCGGCAGUUCUCUCAAUCAGGUCCUCUUCUUGACUCAAAUGACAAGCUAGAAGAGGAAACCCUGCGAUGGUACUCACCCGAUCAUUUCUACCCGGUGAAAAUCGGGGAGAUCUUUCACUCUAGAUAUCAAGUCAUCGGGAAAUUAGGCUACGAGGGAUAUUCCACGGUGUGGCUUUGCAGGGAUUUUCAACAGCAUGCCUAUGUCACAUUGAAGAUGUAUGAACGUGACUCUGCCCAUGGAGAAAGAGAAACACAAGUGUACAAUCAUUUGAAAACUGUCAAGUCAACUCUCACUGGCUCUAUUCUUGUCCGACAUGCACUAGAUGACUUCCAAAUCAGCUCUGGCGACUCUUCUUAUCAGUGCCUUGUGCAUCCUCCUUUAGCUAUGAGUCUGUUCGAGCUUCGCAAUCGCAUUCCAGCCAAGGUCCUUCCUGAGAAUGUAUUCAAGCCAACUUUGAUUCAUAUUCUUCUCGCGUUGGACUUUCUGCAUACAGAUGCUCGCAUUGUUCAUACCGACAUACAAGAAAAAAACAUCAUACUCGGCGUAGAGGAUGAAUCAAUUCUAGUCGAUUUCGAAGAAGCAGAGAAAUCCAACCCCAGUCCACGAAAAGUCAUCGGAGAUCGAGUCAUCUAUUCUUCUCGAAGGCUUGGAAUUCCUAAAAUCCAUGGGCGUCCUAUUUUAUCUGACUUUGGGGAGGCUCGUUGCAUUUCCGAUCUAGGUUCACGGUGGGAGGAUGUGCAGCCGUUGAUUUACCGGGCUCCUGAGGCAGUAUUACGCAUGCCGUGGGAUGAGAAGAUUGAUAUUUGGAAUUUGGGGGUUUUGGCCUGGGAUCUAUUCGAACAAGGACACCUUUUCUACGCUCGCGAUUUGGACAAAAAAAGCUCAGACAGUCAUCAUCUCGCUGAAAUGGUCGCAAUCCUUGGACCGCCGCCGAACGACAUGCUUCGGCGUAGUGAGUAUGCGAGGGAGUUUUUCGAUACCGAAGGUAGUUGGAAACAUGCCACUGAGAUACCCUCUAAUCUACGAGGCACACACCAAGAGCAAUUCCUCUGCUUUUUGCGCAAGAUGCUUCAGUGGAGACCGAAGAAUCGAGCAUCCGCGAAGGAGUUAUUGUCGGAUCCUUGGUUGAAGUCGGUUUGA